AUGUCCAAACUUGCAAACAUUAAAAAACUACAGAAAGAAAGAGCUGAGGUAGCUCAUUCUUGCUUGCAAAUUAUGUUGAUCUUGAUUCAAGUAAAGACAUUUAGAGAAGCAGCAAGAAGAAGUUUAAAAAUUUCACAUUUUUUUAACAAUCAACUUUCGACUACCAAUUACGAAGAAGAUACUGAAGACUUUCAAAGUCAAGAAUAUCAGGAUAAAGAAAACUUGAAUGAAGAAUUGGAUGAAAACUUGAGUGAAGAAUUGGAUGAAGAAACAAAAAAAAUCCAUAGCGCAAUUGAGUUCAUCGACAAUGUAAUGAGAGAAGAAAUGUUUUCCAAAACCAAAGAGGCACAUUACACAAAGUUCAACAUAGAUCCCAUUAUAGUUAAGGACUAUUUUGAACAAACCAUCCUUCCUCAGUUGAACAUUAAUGUAUAUGUCAAUGGACAUGAACAUCCUGAUGUUGUCGAAUAUCGUCAAACAUUUCUUCAAGAGGUUGUUCAGCUUGAACAACUUAUGUCUAAGUGGGUUGACCCAGAAUGUAGGAUAAAAAUCUACCCAGAUUUGGAAAAUGGUGAAAAGGAGCAUGGCCUGGAAAAAGAGCAGCCAUUACGAAAAAAAAGAUUAGAUUCUGCUAUCUAUAUAAGCGAUUUUUUGACAGAAACUAUUGGGCCACUUAAAGACGACCAAGAAGAAGCAGUUUUGGGUGCAAAUCGAGAUGGUUAUUGGAAUUCCAAAAAACUUAUCGAGCAAGUUAGAAAGGCAGUUAGCAUUUUUGAACAGACACACCUGGGGUGUGUUGGUAUAUUUCUCUUUGAUAAUGCUAUAUCUCAUAAAGCUUUUUCUGAAGAUGCUCUUGUGGCUUCAAAAAUGAACCUUGAACUGGGUGGAUUUGUUUCAAAAAUGCGUAUCCAAUGGAUUCUUAGUGAAAGAGGGUUAUGGAAAGAUGGAAUUCCAGAUUUUCUUGAACAACGCAGCCAAAUUCAGCAAGAAAUCAAAUCUUAUGGGCAUAAGGCUUUCACUUCUAUUUCUGUAGAAAAAAUCCAUUCUUUUGCUAGGCUAUCUUAUAAAUGGAUGGAUGCUUGUCAGCAUGGAUUGAUGGGGAAAAUGACAGAAUAUGCUGUCAGGAAUAAUAGAAAGUAUAGAUCAAUUAAUGAGGAGGUUAUGAAUCAAAUUAACAAGUUUUUAAAGUAA